AUGAGAUUCUCUACCAUCUUUCUCUCUCUCUUAGCUGUUGGCAUCCAUUCACUUCCCAGCCCAGCUGUUCAACGAGAAUCCGCCGGGAUCACCGUCGGUGCCGACGGAUCCACGAAUCUAGGUGGCGAGUCUGGCAUAACCAAAAAACCCGAUGGAUCCACCAACGUUGGGGGCGAAAGCGGCAUCAACGUCGCAGGAGGUGCCAAUAGCCAACUACAACAAGCAGCGGGAGGACAAACCGGCAAUGGUGGCAAUAAAAAUGGUACGAAUGGUCUAGCCGCGCUUAUCGGGGCACUCAAUGGCGGAAAUAGCACAUCAGGCGGAGCAAAGGCUACUGGAACCGGUGGUAAAAAGCCGAAGGGCACAGGGAAUGCAAACGCGAACUUGCCACCAGGAGUGGCUUCCACUUCGAGCUUGGCGAGUGUAUUUGGAGCGUUAGAAGGAGCGAAGUAG